CUUAGUUUACUUCUGUCCUCGCGCCGCGACUAGGGAAAGGUCAAUAUGCUACCUUUGAAGACGAUAUUACUGUUGACAGUUGCAGGCUCACUGAACUUAUCGACAGCCGCACCGGACAGCGCUGGGAUCGUGGAAAUGGUGAACGGAUUGGCGUAUGGUGGUAUUCCUUACGGAAGCGUGACCGGCAUGGUGGCGAAGUACGCGGGAUACGCGGGCCAGCAGAUCAAUAGCCCGCAGCCGGCGGCGCAAUCGAGCGUAUUGAACGGCGCGCGACCGGUAGUCGUCGCGGCGAACUACGGAAUCGCUCCGACGCUCGGCGCGCAAGCACAGUCGCUGCGGAUUUACAACAUCCAGGGAGUCCUAGCGCCCGCCGUCGCACGGUCGCUGAAUUACCUAGGAAAAUAACCGCGCGCACACGGAGCCGUCAUUAAUUAUCGAAUAGACAACGAUGCCCGUGCCGACUCUAUGAAACAGCGUUUUUGUAACUGUUCAAGAACACAUCGCGAAUCUGCGUCUCAUACCAUAAUCCACGUCUCGGUUACUAAAUUAUUAGUAACAGGAUCGUUCGAUCAUUAAUCAACGCUGAUCAAGAUAAGCAGUGGAUCGUCGCCGUUUCUCCGUGCACUUGAAAUGUUUCUUGCACAAUUGAACAAUUAAUGAUAUUCAUUCGAUCGAUCGAUUAACGCUGAUCUCAGAGUCACACUUCGCACAUUUAUUAUUACAGUACAAAUGGCUGUCUGACUUCGAUAUCGCCGGUGGCGUUGUCGAUCUCUCAUUAAUGUAUUCCUGAUGUUAAUAAAGAUAAUGAAUAGAUAGAAAAA